CGGCAUCCAUCUCCAACAAGAAUCCCAUAAACCUCCUCCUGCUGCUGCCAAUGAAGGAGGCGACAAGACUGUCUAAACUUCGAAAGAAAUGGCGUCUUUGGCGGCAAUGCAGCUGUUACGAGUCCCCACUCUCUCAUCAUCAUCAUCAUCGGUGCCAUCAACAGUUCAGAGACCACCCUUUUUGUCAACAUUCUCGGUUGGAAGGAAAUCCCAGUUGAACUCCAAGCCAGCAUCAUCUUAUUCAUACGGGUUCGUAAGGAACAAUGGUAUUCUUACUACGCGCAGCUGGAACCAUGCGACGGUUAAAUCUCUGUCGAAUUCCCCCUUAAUAUCUCCCCACGACAAUUGGGGCAUCUGGACUGCUCUUCUUGCAACCGGCGCUCUUGGUCUCUGGUCGGAGAAGACCAAGGUUGGUAGCACGGUGAGCGCAGCAUUGGUCAGCAUCUUGAUUGGGCUGGCAGCCAGCAAUGCGGGAAUUAUUCCUUAUGAAGCCCCCGCUUAUUCGGUUGUCAUCAAAUUUCUGCUCCCAUUGACAGUGCCAUUGCUUCUAUUCAGAGCAGAUAUGCAACAACUAAUUCGCUCAACUGGGACUCUGCUUCUCGUUUUCUUGCUCGGAUCAGUGGCAACAAUUGCUGGGACUUUAGUGGCAUUCCUGUUGGUGCCCAUGCGCUCCCUUGGUCCAGAUAACUGGAAAAUAGCUGCUGCUCUUAUGGGCAGUUAUAUUGGUGGAGCCAUCAACUAUGUUGCAAUCUCAGAGGCACUUGGCACUUCUUCCUCAAUUGUAGCUGCUGGUGUUGCUGCUGAUAAUGUAAUUUGUGCAGUAUACUUUAUUGUAUUGUUUGGGUUGGCCUCCAAAAUACCUUCAGAGACUUCAUUUUUUAGUAAUAAUGUUACUACAGAUUUGCCGUCCGAUUCUGCCAGCAAAUUACCAGUGCUGCAGAUGGGUACAUCACUGGCUGUUUCCUUCGCUAUAUGCAAGGCUUCCACUUCUCUUACCAGAUUUUUUGGAAUUCAAAAUUGUGAUCUUCCUGUAAUCACCACAAUUGUUGUGAUUUUAGCAACUUCUUUCCCUGGUUAUUUUCGCCCCAUCGCACCUACUGCUGAUGCUAUUGCUGUGGUCUUAAUGCAGGUAUUUUUUGCUGUUGUGGGCGCUGGAGGGAGCAUAUGGAAUGUCAUCACUACUGCUCCAAGCAUUUUUAUGUUUGCAUUUGUUCAAGUAACCAUCCAUCUUAUAGUGAUACUCGGACUAGGAAAACUAUUUUGCGUCGAUCUAAAGCUGUUGCUUCUGGCAUCAAAUGCUAAUAUUGGAGGUCCUACAACAGCAUGUGGCAUGGCCAAGGCCAAAGCAUGGGACUCUUUGGUUGUUCCUGGGAUUCUAGCAGGAAUAUUUGGAGUAUCCAUUGCAACAUUUUUAGGAAUUGGGUUUGGAAUUCUAGUUCUUAAACACUUGUAACUUGUUUUUUCAUGGCCAAGGCCAAACAAAGCAUGGGACUCUUUGGCUGUUCCAGAGGGAAUAUCGAUUGCAACAUUUUUAGGA